CAGUCAGUCUUGGAGAUGCCGAAGAGACGAGACAUCCUGGCUAUCGUGCUGAUAGUUCUGCCCUGGACACUACUAAUCACCGUCUGGCACCAGAGCACCAUUGCUCCACUGCUUGCAGUGCACAAGGAUGAUGGUGGUGACUCCCGGCGUGAUCUCGCUGCAGGCUUGGACUCCAAGGAAUACUGCUUGUCGGACCGGGACAUUGUGGAGGUGGUGAGGACAGAAUAUGUUUAUACGCGCCCACCUCCAUGGUCAGACACCCUUCCCACCAUCCACGUCAUUACACCCACCUACAGCCGGCCCGUACAGAAGGCAGAGCUGACGCGCCUGGCCAACACCCUCCUGCACGUGCCAAACCUGCACUGGAUCCUGGUGGAGGACUCACAGCGGCGCACGCCUCUCAUCACCCGGCUGCUGCGGGACACAGGGCUUAACUACACCCACCUCAAUGUGGAGACACCCCGCAACUACAAGCUGCGGGGAGACAUGAGGGAUCCCCGCAUUCCCCGGGGGACCAUGCAGAGGAACCUUGCCCUGAGAUGGCUGAGAGAGACCUUUAACAAAAAUAACAGCCAGCCUGGGAUUGUUUACUUUGCCGAUGAUGAUAACACCUACAGCCUGGAGCUCUUUGAGGAGAUGCGCAGCACCAGAAAGGUGUCAGUGUGGCCAGUAGCCUUCGUCGGUGGCUUACGCUAUGAGUCACCCAAAGUGAACGCUGCAGGGAAGGUCUAUGGCUGGAAAACUGUGUUCGACCCCCAUCGCCCCUUUGCUAUAGACAUGGCGGGGUUUGCUGUGAACCUCAGACUGAUUCUCCAGCGAUCUCAGGCUUACUUCAAACUGCGAGGAGUGAAGGGAGGCUACCAAGAGAGCAGCCUGCUCCGGGAACUAGUGACCUUGAAUGACCUUGAGCCGAAAGCUGCCAAUUGCACUAAGAUUUUAGUCUGGCACACGAGGACAGAAAAGCCUGUGCUGGUGAAUGAGGGGAAGAAAGGAUUCACAGAUCCCAACGUGGAAAUCUGA